AUGGAAAAUAGCACCAGAUCCGCCUACGACGCUCCUAAUGACGUGUCACCUCUACAGAAGCACCGCAUACGCCGCACCAAGACUGACAGCGAGCGGACAGACAGCGUAUUAUUAUUAUUAUUAUUAUUAUUAUUAUUAUUAUUAUUAUUAUUAUUAUUAUUAUUAUUAUUAUUAUUAUUAUUAUUAUUAUUAUUAUUAUUAUUAUUAUUAUUAUUAUUAUUAUUAUUACUAUUAUUAUUAUUAUUAGAACUCGUAAAGAAAUGA